CAAAAAAUUCAAACUUUAUAUACAAACGGAAUUUCAACAUAAAAAUAAUAUCAAUGAUUUUCAUAUGAACAAAUUAGAGUACUGUUGAAGGAGAAUUUAGUGUCAUUGUUGAGAAGAAAGCAAAGAGAGAGGCAGAAAUGGCGGGUUUGUUGGCAUGGGCAGCAGAUGUAGUAGGAGGUUCACACAGCAAUGAUGAAGAUGAUAACAACCCCAAUUCAAUCUCUUUAAUCUUUACUCCGCAACAACAAUUGUACCUUCUUGAUUUGGAUCGAAAGGCCACUUCUCCUACUCGAACCAUUCAAGAUAUACGGCUUAGACUCCCUCCUCCUGACAUCUCUGAACGUCUUCCUCAUCUUCACGCUCACUCCCUCGCCUCUAACAACGCUCUUGCUCUCCAACUUAAUGCUCACUCUGCCACCAAAGAACAGGCACAAUUAAGAGAAAUUACUCUGCAAGAAGAAAAUGUUGAGUACGAGAAGACUAUCUCAGAUUAUGAGAAUAGGAUUCAGGAGAAGUCACAGGAAGCUGACCUUCUACGCACCAAGUUGCAGGACUUAAUGGAAGAAAACAUAAAGUCAGAGUUAGAACAAGCACAGGCUGCAGCCCCAAUAACUAUGGAAGGAGCUGUUCAAAACCUGGAGGAAAAAUGGGCAGAAGUGCAAGAUUAUGCACUCAAGCAACCUUCCCCAGCCUAGCGAGAGAAACUGUAGGAUAAGCAGCUUCAUAGCCUAAUAGAGCAACUUGCUGCAAAACAGGCCCAAGCAGAGAACCUCGUUCAUGAAGGCCAUCUAAAGGAGAUGAAAUUAGAGAAAUUAAAUGGUCUUUGGAGGACGCUCGAAGCAAGCAAUGCAGAUAUGAAUGUGACUCGGAAUAGGUAUCCAAGAAGCAACAUUGAUAGGGGAUGUGUUUCUUCAGAUUAUAUCGUUGAUCCUCGUCAAUAGCCUUGCAGACUGGAGAAUUUGCACAAGCUUAUGUUGCUCAGGUCGGCUUUCGUUGUGUACAUUUUAGAUUUCAUUCUAGAUUUGAGCAGAGUAGUGUUCCCUUGAUAAAUUUUCUUAAUCUAUUCAGUGUAAAAAUCCCUACAUACAUCCCAAAAUACAAUGAUGUAGAUUUUUACUUGACGGUUAAAACAUGUAUAUGGUGUAAUUCCAGAGUAGAAAUGUUUGAACAUACACAACGUCGCUGUCUUCUAAAUUGCAAGCACUAUUCAGUGAAUCAAUCCAUG